AUGGUGAUUAGUGAUGGAGGCUCUCAUUUCAUAGCUAAACAUUUUGAAGGCAUGCUAAAGAAGUAUGAAGUGAAGCACAAAAUUGCUAUAGCAUAUCACCCUCAAACUAGCGGACAGGUAGAAGUUUCCAAUAGGGCGAUUAAGAGCAUUCUCGAGAAAACUGUCUCUGCAUCAAGGAAGGACUUGGCAAUAAAGGUCCUUAACUUUAAUUUGAAGGCUGCUGAUAAAAAAAGGAAGCUCCAACUCGAUGAGCUUGAUGAGUUGAGGUUAGACGCUUGUGAAAAUGCUAAACACUACGAGGAAAGAACCAAGAAGUGGUGGUCCAACCCAUUUCAAAUCCAUAAGGUGUUCCCAUUUGGAGCUGUAGAAAUCUUGAGUGAGGGCACUAGAGUUUUCACUAUGACUGGUCAAAGGUUGAAGCAUUAUGUAGUUGGGAAUCCAAUAGAGAAACAGGGCCACUUUCCACCACCACCAUAA